CAAGUAUUAUAAAAAGACCACUAAUUUUCUCACUAAAUCUGUACUACUAUAAAAGAGUGAGCGUUAAAAGUGUUUUCUACAUUUUGACGUUGUUUUUAUUAGACAUUAUAUAUAUGUACAUGUAUGCAAAGUGAAAGUUGUAGGUAGGGGACAAAAAAGAAAAGAAAGAAAAGAAGAGCAAGAACAAAUUGGGGGUUAGUAUUGGGGGUUAGGGAUUGCAUCGAUAAUAUGGGGGAGGAAGAAGAAGAACAAAUUUUGGAGAGACUGAGGAGCCAACCCAUCUACUCGCCACCACCGUCUCCCACCUCCGUCUUCCUCAUCUCUCCACAACUCUACUUCUCACAACCACCGCCGCUCACCCCCCAACCCCACUUCUCACCACCACCAACUACCUCCGUCCUCAUGUCUCCAUAUCUCGAUUUCUCAGGACUUUCACUAUUUCCCAGCCUCCGAUCCCUAUUCAGAAUAGGACUGCCUCCAUCUAGAUGCCAAAUUACAU